AUGGAGUCUGACUAUCUGAAAAGAUGCCUGGGAAGCUGCUUGAAAAAGGGACUGGCAGAGGUUGUAGUGGUUCAGCCAGCGGAUCCAAUAGAGUACCUGGCACAUUGGAUUUACAGUUACAGAAGAAAUUUAGAUGAAGAAAAAAAGAGAAUGUUGGAGAGGAUUGAGCUGGAACAAGAACGGGAGGCAGCCCUGGUAGAACUCGAAAUGUUAAGAAAAAUGAAGGAAGAAGAGCUAAAGAUCCAAUGGAAACUUGAAGAACAACAUCAGGGUCAAUUGGAACAAGAACGUGAGGAGUUGGAACUGCGGAAUGAAGAAGACGAAACGCUGUUGCAGCAGAAAGAUCAAGAGGUUUUGGCCUAA